CUGAGCACAGAAGGGGAUCCUUAGAGAACAGUUCAAGGAUCCAUGUGCCCAGGUGUCACACUAUAUAGUUAGCUGUGACAAGUGACUGCUGAUGAUGGGAUAUCACUACCAUGGAACAAUGGCAGAUGACAAGUAGAUGAUAACAAACCCAGAUAAGAUAGUGAGUGGCUCAGAGGGGCCAGCUGUCAUAGUUCAACCACUUUUUCAUCUUAUCAUCAACGAUCUUAUCUUAUCUUGGCACGACUUAUCUUAUCACGGAUCACGGCAUCAGACGGUCCGGACUAGGGGUUCCAGGGAUUAUCUUCAUCGAUUCGAGGCUGCGCGACAUAUGCUCCGGAAGGUUCUACUACGACCCAUGACCAGCGUUCCAUGCGGUACAUAGCCCUAUGACUCAUUAGUUGUAGAUAUGACUCAGACUGGAUUUGGGUAUAAAUACUGUAGCUACUUGGUUGUAUUCUCCAGUCUUUAAAUUCACUCCUCU